AUGGUAGGUAAUUGCAAAUAUUUGGCUUUAAGACAUCAAGUAGAAGAUAAAUUACAAUAUUGUAAUAACGAUAGUUUAGAUAUAAUAAGUAAACAACCUAAAGAAGGUAAGAAAAAUAAAGGAGGUCUUAGAUUUGGACAAAUGGAAAGAGAUGUUUUGUUAGCUAUAAAUGCUUUUAAUACUAUAAAAGAGAUUUGGAAUAUAGAUCAAAUAGAAAUACCUAAAUCUAAAGACACAGGAUUAUUUUAUUCUAAUAAAAAUUCAGAAAUGAUCAAAACGAACCAAUAUUUUAUAAUUUGUUUAAGUUAUUUAAGAUCUUUAGGUUAUGACAUCUCUUUAAAAAAUGAUACUUACUCUAUUAUAGAUUUUGAUCUGUCAAUCUUGCCUAUUUCUAAAGAAAAAUAUUUCGGUUCUGAUGACCCUUCCGAUUUAAGAAUUUAUAGAGAUAUAGUUGUUUUACCUAAUUGUUUAAGAAAUAAUGUUAUAAAUUCUUUAUUAUCUAAACCAAAUAUAAAUGUUAAAGCUUUGCAUAAAGAAUACAAAAAAUUAUUAAUAAAUAAAAAUGGAGCUUUUCAUAAAUUUUUUGAAGGACAUAGAUCUAAUCAUUGUUUUAGAUCAGUUAUAUCUCCUGAUCCUAAUUUACCUUUAGACGUAGUAAAAAUACCUUAUGGAGUUAAUAUAGGUACUAAUAUAUGUAUUUUGAAUAGGCAACCUACAUUAAAUACAAGUUCUAUGAGAUUUAUGAAAAUUCAAUAUAAAGAAGAUAAAACAAUAUCUUUUAAUCCGUUAUUAUGUAAAUCAUUUAAUGCUGAUUUUGAUGGAGAUGAAAUGAAUUUAUAUGGAUUAAUGGAUAAAAAUUUAGAAAAAGAAUUAAAAGUUUUGAAUAAAGAAGGUGAUCCUGUACAAGAUUAUGUUUUAUGCGAUUAUUUAAGUUUAAAAGAUUUAAAUGAACUUACUUUUUAUGGAAUAACUUUUAGUGAAAAUGAUAUAAAAAUUAUGAUAGAUAGCGGAUCAAAAGGUAAAGAAUUUAAUUAUAACCACAUGUUUAUUAAUAUAGGUAAAGUAACAUACAAUAAAAAAAUAUAUGAAAUAAAUGGUUGUUAUUAUAAAGGUAUAAACGAAUGUGAUUGGUAUUUAUUAUCUAUGAUAACUAGAAAUAAUACUGCUUCUAUAGCAUUGAAUACUCCUAUUUCAGGUUAUUUGCAAUCAGUAACUAAUCAAUUAAUAUUAGGAUCUGAAUAA